GAAGUAGAUUCAAUUCGGAAUCUCACACGACCGCAACACAUCCAAUUAAGUACCCCUCCAAACACAUCGUUCAUAUCGACUGCCACUAUUUAAGAGCUCAUAAAUAGACACUCACUACAAAAAAAUUACUACUACCAAUUUUUUAAUUUUGUGUGGCGUUGCGAAAUUUGCGUUAAAGUCCUAGCUAGAUAAAUCCCCAAUUGCAAUGUUGCUGAGGGGAGGGGCUUUUUCGGCAUGCAGCGCCGCCGUCGACGUUAAAGGCAAAUGCCGCUUUCCCGGCGUCAUUCGGCUGCCAUGCGCUUCUCGGUCGGCUUCGAUGCAUGUGGCGUCGGUGGCGACGGGCGAGCCGAUGAGCAAGGCGCAGGAGCCGAGCUGCCACCCGAGCCUCGCCGACCGGCUGCGGCUCGGCAGCUUGAAUGAAGACGGCUUAUCGUAUAAGGAGAAGUUCGUUGUGCGAUGCUAUGAGGUUGGGAUUAACAAAACCGCCACCGUUGAAACCAUAGCCAAUCUCUUACAGGAGGUUGGUUGCAACCAUGCUCAAUAUGUUGGGUUCUCGACUGAUGGAUUUGCAACUACGCUUUCUAUGAGAAAAUAUCAUCUCAUAUGGGUGACUGCUCGAAUGCACAUCGAGAUCUACAAAUACCCUGCCUGGAGUGAUGUGGUUGAGAUCGAGACAUGGUGCCAAAGCGAGGGAAGGAUAGGCACAAGACGUGAUUGGAUUCUCAAAGAUUAUUCUACUGGUGAAGUCAUUGGACGCGCGACCAGCAAGUGGGUGAUGAUGAACCAAGAUACGAGGCGGCUGCAGAAAGUCAGUGAUGAAGUGCGUGAUGAAUAUCUAGUUUAUUGCCCCAAAACGCUUAGACUAGCUUUUCCAGAAGAGAAUAAUGCUAGCUUGAAGAAAAUAGCUAAACUUGAUGACCCUGCUGAUCAUUCCAAAGUCGGGCUUGUGCCUAGACGAGCUGAUUUGGACAUGAACCAGCAUGUAAACAAUGUCACCUACAUUGGAUGGGUUCUUGAGAGCAUGCCUCAAGAUAUCAUCGACAGUCACGAGCUGCAGACUAUAACGUUGGAUUACAGGCGCGAAUGCCAGCAAGAUGAUGUAGUCGACUCGCUCACGAGCUCUGAGCCGGCCAUAGGCGACAUGGCCUCAGGUCUUCGCGGAACUAACGGCACUCCAGUUGCUGCUGCAAGAGACGAGAACGACUGCCUUCAGUUUCUGCAUCUACUGAGAUUAUCAAACGACGGCUCUGAGAUCAACCGGGGUCGCACUGAGUGGCGGAAGAAACCUGCAAAAAGAUGAGUAUUCUAUCGUUGUCCUUUCCUUCUAUCGCUGCUACUCUUGUAAUUUUAUGCUACUCUUGUGAGAUCAUGACGACAAUAAUUCAGAGAUAAAUUAUGCA